AUGGUGUCCAGAAGAUCACCAGACGUGGAUGCUGGUGGGAUGGGAACUGUUUUUAAUCUGGAUUCCGAAGAGGAAGAACAAGGAGAAACUGUAGAUGACAGCAAUGAUAUUUGCAUCUUAACAAGUGACAACUCUGGUCAAGUAAGUCCUCCUGAACCGCUAACUGUCACCAGUUCUUGGCAGGCAGCUGGCUUGCCAGCUUCACUGUCUACGAGCCAAAGCUGGCAUACUGAAAGCCUGCCAGUUUCUCUUGGAACAGAGUCUUGGCAACAAUUAUCCAUAGACCCAGAGGACAUGAAAAGCUUGGACAGUAACGGUGGUGGUGAAGAGAGAAGUGAAAACAACUCUUCUAAUUCUGAUAUUGUCCAUGUAGAAAAAGAGGAGCUUCCUGAAGCAGUCGAGAGCCAGGAGGCAGAAUUAAAAACUCAAGUGUCAGCACCUCUACUCUUGCAACAGACCACACAAGUGGAGGUUGAGCUCCCUGCUGAAGUAGGGAAAGCUGAUCCUUUAUCAGUAUCAAGUCCAAUAACAACCUCUGAAAUAGAGGAAAAAACUGUAACACUGGUAAGAGAAAAGGCUGUUGAAUCCAGCAAACCACAUCAAUCAACUUCACUGCAAGAAAUAAGAAAGCAAUUGGAAGAGAUUAAAAAAGGAAUCUGGGAAGAUGAAACAGAAACCAAACCAGAAGAUGAUGUAAGAACAGGUGAAAUAACACCACUGCCUAAAUCAGAGGAUGCUGAAGAAAUUGUUCCUGCAAAAUCAAAUGCAUCUCUUUUGAUUUAUGGUGGAGCUGCUGCUUUUGCAAUGCUAGCUGUGGCAGUAGGGGUGGUGCUCGCCUGGAGAAGAAGAUUUUAAUCGUGAAUUGUUCACAAGUGAACUGUGUUUGGGAACGCUUUCUGUUCUACAAUUGAUUAUUAUGACUAAUUAAGCCUAUUUAUUCAGCUGCAUUGCAGAAAAUGUGAUCAAUGAGGAAAACCAUGGUUAAUAGGGGUAGAUAAUCAACACAAAUGCAUGAAUACUGGGCAGUACUAAUAUAUUGAGGAAAUAAAUUUGUAUAAUGGAAUGGAAAUUGUGCAGCAUGGAAGAUGUUCACACUGUAUGCAGUACAAUCUUAGAAUGAUGCUAAUAAAUCUCUAAAUAGCACUGAAAAGUGUUAAAUCAUUGUAGAGGAGAGAAGCACUUUGAAACUGGAGCAUUGACAAGAAAAACCACUAAAGUUCCAUUCUGGGGAACUAAGUAUUCAGGUCUUAGUUAGCUGAGACCUUUUUUAUAUAUAAUCUGAAUUAAUUCAUUCUGUCAUUUUGAUUCUUUAGCUGCUGGUAACAUUACUUUAUAAUUUUUAAUGUUAGCCUUGAGCGAUUGUGACACUAGUUUGAAUUCAUUCAGAUCUACUUCUGCUUGUAUAUUUUACUUUGCCUCCUUCUCUGAUUGUAUUUGGUUUUUUUUUCCAUAGAUAAUGGAACAAUUUUGAUUAAUAAAAAUGAGAACUUCAUUUGAUCAUGUCUAUGUGCGUAAGGUUAAAAGUAAAAUUUAAAGUAGGUAUUUUUUCACUACUGUUACUAAUGCCAAGACGAUAGAUGUGGUGUUCUAUGACUUCAUGUUGGAAGUCUGCAGGUGACCUUAUUUGUACUACAUGUUAAGAUGACACACAUGCUCCCCAGCGAGACAACAUAACAUAAAUUGAUUUUUUUUUUCAAAGCAGCUCAGUAGUGUUUUUUUAAGUGCCAGCUUUGAAAUUUGUACUGAAUUUUGGAAAUGAGUCACAAUAAAAUAUGGACAAUU